AUGACGACGCAGAGAAGCGACGCCGCGAGCCGGUUGACGAGAAGUUCCGGAGGCACGAGGAGCUCGGCGAUCAUGUCCGGCCCGAUCAGCACACCGCCGAUGGAGCCGAGCGGAAAACCGAGCACGCCGAACAAGAGGAACUACAAAAACACGCUGAAAGUGGAGAACACGGACCGACACGCCUAUCGAGGGGUUUGUGGUUCAAGAGUUCGCUUGGAUCAUCUAUAUAUGGUUCCGUUUCAGAUCGAGUUCUUGUUGAGCGCGAUCGGAUUGGCUGUGGGACUGGGCAACAUUUGGCGAUUCCCGAUGAUCGUCUACGAGAACGGCGGCUCCUCCUUUCUCAUUCCCUAUAUCGUUUGCAUUUUCGUGUUCGCCAUUCCCGCAAUUCACAUGGAAUUCGCAUUGGGACAGUAUGCCGCCAAGUCGCCGCCCGCCGUCUUUCGAAGAAUCAUGCCGGCGCUGGAAGGUAGGUGUUGUGCACGGGGGGGCGAGCCUACAGUAACCCGUCGUGCAGGCAUCGGCUGGAUGUCAGCGAUUGUGGGCGCGAUCAUCGGUGUCUACUACAUGGUGAUCAUCUCGUGGAUCUCAAUCUACCUGGUGAACGCGGUGAACGCGGCCAAGCUGAUCGCGUGCGACAAUCACUGGAACGACCCGGGCACGUGCUACGAAGGACACCACCAGAAACAGUGUCUGGGCUCCGAUCCGCCGGGAUACAACCUGUCCUCCAACGCGCCCAAUGUCACUGUCAAACUGUUGUACGUGGGCGGCCGAUGUCAGGACGCGAGCAAACUGAAGACGGUCGAAGCGGCCACCGAGCAGUUCUUCAAUCGGUUCGUCGUCUCGCCGUCCGCCGGCUUCACCGACUUCAACACCUUCAACUGGGCGACGUUCGGAGGACUCGUGAUCCUCUGGCUCGUCACCUCGCUCAUCCUCCUGCGCGGCAUGAAGAACAUCAGCAAAACGUCGUACGUGUCCGUCUGCCUGCCCUACGUCAGCGUCAUCACGUUGCUCGUUCGAGGCGUCACGUUGGACGGCGCCAGCGAAGGACUCUACUACUUUUUGUGGCGUGCCGACUUUUCGGCGCUCUACAAGUUCCAGACGUGGUCCGCCGCACUUUCACAGCUCUGCUUUUCAUUGUCGAUCGGACAGGGCACUCUCAUGAACAUUGCGUCGUACAAUAAGAAGAGUCACAAUUGGUACAGGGUAAGUCGAACAGUAAAAUGAUCACGGUCUCUUUAUAAUUGUCAAAUUUUUUGCAGGACACCUUCCUGCUCGUCGCCUCAGACUCGCUAAUGUCGCUGCUCAGCGGUGCGGCCGUCUUCUCAACUUUGGGAUUUUUGGCGAAACAGCGCGGCGUCACAGUUCCCGAAGUUGUCAAAUCGGGCCACGCGCUCGCGUUCAUCGUCUACACGGAGGCGAUUGCGCACAUGCCCGCUCCGUGGUUCUGGUACACGCUCUUCUUUCUGAUGCUCCUCGUGUUGGGGCUCAGCACGGAAAUCGGUAAGAGAAGUGACAACAAUUGCAACGGUUUCUUUUUCUUUUUGCAGUCAUUGUCGAAAUUGUGUGCUCGUGUCUCAUGGAUCGAUUUUUGUUCCUCCGCAAAAAGCGAUGGAUCGUCGUCGUCUCGGUGUCGAGCACACUUUUUCUCUGCGGAGUCGUCAUGGCCACCGAUGUGAGUUCGUAGCUGCGCCACGGCCUCCCAGGGCGCUAAUGCUAAACACAGUGCGCUCGUAAAUUGCGGAGUGUCGUUGUAACUUUUGAACAUUUGCAGGUCUAAAAAUGCAGUUCAAUUCGAGUUUACGACCUUUAUUUCUUUCUUUUUGACUUGAAAAACGUCUAGAAAACAAUAUUUCACCGAUUGGAAACCGUUCUUUCAAGAAUUUAGAGUUUUUCAUGUUUUUCGCAUUUCGUCAAAACUUCAAACCUUUAUAUUUCAGCUCAUUUUGCAUUUCAUGAGCCCAACGAACGAUAAAAAUGUUCGCUGAAUCUUUCUUCACAAAAUUCAUUUUCCGGCGGUUAGUUUUCUUGAGCAGUUUUCGAAAACUAUUCGAAAAACAUCAAAAUCCAUACCAAAACCUUCAAAUCGAAAUAACUCGGCUAAUUCUCAACGAUAUGCGAGAUUUCUGUUACCAAAACGUAGCUAGUGCUCUGAUUAUUCGAAUCCAGGUUCCAGGCGUACAAAAAUCGGCCGUCGCGUAAAUCGACAGAGCCCGCCUGUUGCAAGUGCGCCCCAUUGAAAUCAUUCGCGCCGAGGGAGACGCGCCGAGGGAGAUUUCAGUUGCUUUUCAGUAAUUUUUGCGGUCCGAGCGCUCAAAAUGCUUGUAUUUACGUGAUUUAUCAUUUUCAAAACCAAUUCUGCCUGAAAACGGUCAAGAAAUCGCAAAAUGAGAAGUGCGCUUUUUAGGCGGUGAAGGCGAAAAAGCAAAGUCCGCGAAAAAUGCGCCAAAACGUCAUUAAUUCUGAGAAUUAGUGUGUUUUCAUGUCGAACAAUCAUUUUUCAUCGCCUUUGACCACAAAAAUCAGAGCAAACCUGCUCAAUUCGUGAAAACGCCAUUUGGCCGCCGAGGCCACGCCCAUAUUGCCGAAAAGCAACUGAAAUUCGCGCAGUUUUAGCCAAAAACCUUCAAACGGAUAAAUGUGAUUUGCGACUUGAACAAAUUUAACGCUCUUGCGCUUAAAAAAUUCGUAAUAGCCUAUAAAAUCGGUCUAUCAAGAGACAAAUGAGAAAUUAUCGAUUUUUCGUGGCUAAUCUGGCAAAAAAACACAAAUUUUGUUGUUAAAAUUUGAAUUUCGCUCCAAUGUAUUUCGCACUUGCGCCCAUUGUCAGCUCUCGAGACCGUGAGCUGUGAUAUGAAAAGUUGCGCCAUUUUUGUGCUGACAGAGAGCCAAGUGUACAUUUUCAGGCGGGCUACUACUGGUUCGACAUGUUCGACGAGUACUCGUCGGGCGUCUCGGCGGUCAUCGGCUCGGCGCUGACGACGAUCGCCGUCUGCUACCUGUACGGAAUCGACAACUUUUGCGACGACAUCAAAGAGAUGGCCGGCGAGCCGAAAUCGAAGUGCUCCAAGUACAUGGGACCGUCCAGCUGCAUCUGGUGGGCCAGUUGGUACGCCUUCACGCCCGCGUGCAGCCUCAUCCUCAUGGCGCUGUUUGUGUACACGCGCGAGUAUCCGUUCAAAGGCGACCGUCUCAUGUACCCGCCCGUGUUCGACGCGCUCGGAUGGAUCGUCGCCGUCCUCCCGUUUUUCGUCAUUCCGAUUUUCGUCGUCACCGCUGUGCUCAGAUUCAAAAAGAAGAAGAUUGUGAGCCGCCGCCGCCGGCCUUCUAAAAACCCGGAAAUUGAAAUGUUUCAGGCUGUGCGCGGAGCCUUCAUGCUCCAAAAACAGCAUCCGUCGUUCGAGCGAAUCUACGAGAAGUGGCCGGAGUCGAAGCAACUCAUUGCCGGCCUACUGCCGGAGCAGGAGCCGGGCGAGGAAGUGUCCGAGAUUGACGGCGUUUCGGACGGAAAGGACGAGGAGUCGAUCAUUGAGUGA